GGACUUUUACCCCCUGCCAGGUCCGCCAGCCUCUGACUUGGAUCCCGGCGGGCGAGGCCUCCUGCGGCACCGGCCCAGAAUGCAGGGAGCUGGGGCCCCCCGGGGCCAGGGCGCAUCCCCUGCCCAGACGGGUGCCCUGCGCCAGCCCUGGGUCCUCCUGCUCACCUACGCCCUGGCCUCUGUGGAGCUCGUCUGCCUGUUCAUGCAGUUCUCCGUCCUGCCGUACCUGUCCCGCAGCCUGGGCCUGGACACCAUCACCUUCGGCUACCUGCAGACCACCUUCGGCUUGCUGCAGCUGCUGGGCGGGCCCUUGUUCGGCAGGUUCGCGGACCAGCACGGGGCGCGGGCCGCGUUCACCGUCUCCUUCCUGGCGGCCUCUGCGCUCUACCUGCUCCUGGCAGCCGCCUGCAGCCCGGCCCUGCCCGGCGUGGCCUUGCUCUUCGCCUCGCGCCUGCCGGCCCUGCUCAUGCACACGCUGCCAGCGGCCCAGAUGGUGGUCGCCGAUCUGUCCACGCCCGAGGAGCGGCCCGCGGCUCUUGGCCGGCUCGGCCUCUGCUUCGGCGUCGGCACUAUCGUCGGCUCCCUGCUCGGCGGGAACCUGAGCGCGGCCUGCGGGAUUCAGUGCCCGCCCUUCGUGGCUUUCGUGGCCAACCUCCUGGGAGCCGCCCUCAGCUUCACCUGCAUCCCCGCCAGCACCAAGGGCACCGGCGCCCACGGCCAGGCCGCCCCGGCCGGUGGACCCCAGGCCAGCGUGUUCGACCUGAAGGCCAUCAGCCGCCUGCUGCUGCGGCCCGGCAUCCUGCCCGUGUUCCUGGUCAAAGUGAUCUCCGGCUUCCCCUCCGGGCUCUUCAUGGUCAUGUUCUCCAUCGUCUGCAUGGACUUCUUCCAGCUGGAGGCCACCCAGGCCAGCUACCUCACAUCCUUCUUCGGGGUCCUCCUGAUGGUCACCCAGGGCCUGGUCAUCGGGCGGCUGAGCAGACGCUUCUCCGAGGCCGCGCUGCUCCGGGCCAGCACGCUGGUCUUCAUCGUGGUGGGACUGGCCAUGGCGCUGAUGUCCAACGUCUUUCACUUCUGCCUCCUGAUGCCCGGCCUGGUCUUCAGCCUGUGCACGCUCAACGUGGUCACGGACAGCAUGCUGACCAAGGCCGUCUCGGCCUCGGACACGGGGACCAUGCUGGGCCUCUGCGCAGCUGUGCAGCCGCUGACCCGCACCCUGGGGCCCACUCUGGGCGGCCUCCUGUACCGCCGCUUCGGAGUCCCCGUCUUCGGCCAUGUGCAGUUCGCCGUCAACUUCCUUGUCCUCCUGGUCCUCUGGAGGCAGCCGGUGCCCCAGAAGACGGACAAAGUCAGGUGACCUUGGCUCCUGGGCACAGACCGGCAAUAAAUU